AUGCCGUCGCCGCAACACCACCACUCCCUCUUCGCCCUCGGCCUGGGCCUCGCCCUCGGCCUGGCGCUGCCGCACGUGCUUCGCCUUCGGAGGCGGCGCGGCCUCGGCGGCAGCACCGUCAAGGCCGGCCUGACCGACACUCGCGCGGUGCGGCUGCCAAGGCGCGUGCUGACUGACUUCCUCGCCGCGUGCUUCACCGCGGCGGGCGCUGCGCCGGCCCACGCCGCGCAAGCGGCAGACGUGCUGGCCUACGCCGACUCGCGCGGCAUCCCGUCGCACGGCGCCAACCGCGCCGACACGUACGCCAACGAGAUUGAGGCGAAGCUCGUCGACGGCGUUGCGAGCCCGGUCGUGGAGCGGAGCUCGGGGUGCACAGCUGUGAUCGAUGGCCGGAAUGCGCUCGGCGCUGUCGUGUGCAACCUCGCGAUGGAGACGGCCCUGCGGCUGGCAAAGGAGCACGGCGUCGGCGUCGUCGCCGCCCGCAACUCGAACCACUUUGGGGCGGCGGGCUACUGGGCGAACCAGGCGCCUCCCCAGGCCCGGCCUGAGGCCUCCACAUCUCGGCUAGAUCUCGGCCUCACCUCGGCCAUGUCUCAGGCGCUCUCCGCCGGCAUGAUCGGGCUGUCCUUCACAAACACGGCGCCCUUUGCGGCGGCGACCGGCGGCUGCACCCGUGCCGUAGGCACCAACCCUCUCUGCUGCUUCGCGCCCGCCGCAGGGGGCAUCUCUGGUACUCAAGCUGCAGGCGACUCGUUCCAGCUCGACAUGGCGACGACGGUGGUGCCGGUGGGCAAGGUGGAGGUGAUGCACCGGAGCGGGCACGUAGAUGCAGGAUGUGGGCGCUCGUGGCGUGUACAUGUCGGCGCCAAUCUCGCAGGAUCGGGCAGCGGAUCCCUACUCAUGCUAGUGGUGCAGCACGGCGCGCUCCACCCGCUCGGAGGCGGAGAGGAGACGGCGGGCUACAAGGGGUACGGCCUCGGCAUGCUCGUCGAGCUGCUCAGCGCGGUGCUGCCGGGCUGCGCCGACGUCGGCCCCGCAGUACAGCCGUGGACACUCUCCCGCGAGCGGCCGAACGGGUACGGCCACUGCUUCGUCGUCCUCGACCCGAAGCGCUUCACACCUGGCUUUGGGGGACAGCUGCGCGAGUACCUGGCGGCGAUGCGCUGCCUGCCCGGCGCCGUGCGCUGCCCUGGCGACCCCGAGAAGGCGUGCGAGGAGGAGGCGCGAGCGCGAGGCGUGGUGCUGCACGAAGGCACCGCCACGGCACUCAAGGCGCUGGCCGGACGCUACGGCGUCGAGACGCCGCCCGAGUUCGCCGCGCUCGACGCGUCGCGGAGCAAGCCGUCGCUGUACGCCCAGGCUUGAGGAAGUUGACUUCUCUCGCCUGCAUGUAGGAAUCCUAGUCGUUUACCCAAACAGUGUGUGGAGAAGUUUACCUUGCCUAUAGGUUGCCUUGCGGGUUACCUUCUUUU